AGUGGAUACGAUGAUCGUGUGCCGGGGUGGUUAACGCGAGGUCCUGUGUACGUGUCUUCUUGAUGUUGAGUGUUAAUGCACGAUCUGCGCCGCUCGUCGACGUGUUCCUUGCACGCACUCCCGCACCGUUGUGUUGCGGCGACCCAUGUUCGGCGUGGGAAGUAAUGCAGUGGGUUGUGGAUCGACACAAGUUGCGACGAUACUGUACGGUUCAUGUUUUGCGAAGACUGCCACUCAAUCAAGGUUGAUUUCGUCGCGGAUUGUGUAAAUGAGUGACGGCGGGGUGUGUGUUAAGCAAGCCUCUGUUCGUGCGCGAUUGAAGAGAGGAGGCGUUUUCGAUGUACAUGCAGGGGUGCAGGACCUGUUGUUGCGUUUCUUGGUUAAAAGGAAUAUUGUUUCACAUGUAAUUGUCCAUCAUGAGCGGUUCGUUCAUGAAAAUAAAUGCUUGCCUGUGACGCGAAUGUUUUUUUUUCGCGCGGUGCUCUUGCGGUGCCCGCAACCCCUUCAAUUGGCUUCGAUUGAUGC